UGUGUCUCAGCCAGUUCUCAAGGGCAGAACCUGAUAUAUAUAUAUUGAUGGGUGACUUCACGCUGUGAACUUUCGAUUAUUUGCCGAUAUAUUUUGCCCACCUUCACACAACCCUUCACGCAGGACUUCUUUAAUGAAGCGAACAUGAUCCGAAUAGCCUUUGCCGUUCUUAUUUUAGUUUCGGUGGUUACCACACAACCACUGCUAUUUCCGCACGGAUGGUUCGAAAGCAAGAAUUUACGACCGCGAGAUGCAAUUAUGCUGAACAUGAUGGCACAGUCGAAUCUUGAAUAUGGAGGUGUAACCUUAGAGGAGCUAGACAAGCUUGAUGCCGUUCGAAAGCAGAUUCCUCGUCCAGAAAAGUUAGCAAGAGAUCGAGAGGAAGACGAUGUGGAGCUGGAUAGACAACCAAUUUUUACAGCGGAAGGUGAAAAGAUUGCAGUUGAGAAGAAGGAAGAUCCGGGGGAAAAGGAGGACGAUAAAAAGACGAAAACUCCAUUCAGAAGAGUUCAGCUGAAAAUGCAGAAAAAGCGUGAAUCUGACAAGUCAACAACAGAGGCCGAAUCGAUAGCAGAAUCAGGUAAUCCAUUUGAGGAGAUUGCCACGCGAUCACCUCCCAGAGAUUGGAUGAAUAUGAGACAACUCAGAAAUCGGAAUAGAAAAAAUAAGAGAAAAAGGAGAAGAUAUAGAAAGAAUGGAUUCUUGACAAGAGAUGAUAUUAUCAAAAGUGAACCAUCAUCAAAUCCUGCCGUGAAAUUGAAUGAAAAAACAAUGGAAAAAGCAGAAUUCGAUGAAAAACUAAGAAAUCAUGCUCAGGAUACGUGGGAAAGAGAAAAUAAGGCUGCUGAAAAGAAACGAGAAGAAAUGAAAAAUGGAGGAAUUGAGGAAAACGAAGAACAACCGAUUAGUCCAGCAAUGAAGCUUCUUGAAAAAGAGAAUUCAGAUAUUAAUCGACGAAUUGCUAUUGCUGAACAGACAAUGUCAAGAAAAGUGGACAGAUUGCCAAAUAAUCCCUAUAAACAGUUAGAUCUCGGCAAACCAACAGUCAUUUCUCUGCCGCUUCCGCCGCUGGAAAUGAUGAAAGAGGGAAGCAAAUAAUGAUGGUUUUCUACCAAAUGUAAAAACAAUUAAAUUAUUUAAAUGUGUGCAAUUUCCGAUUUAUCAUGCAAUAAAAAUAUAUAAUCUUGAAUAAAACUUGCUAUUUUCAAAUAAAAAAUUUUUAAACUAUUUUCAAAU